GUUCCCACAGUGGAGGAGAGUUGAACCCAGAGUCACACUCCAGCUGCUUGUUGUCUCAUCAGGAUAUCUCAUCACAGAAACUGCAAACAUGGUUGAGAAAUUUAUUGGGACGUGGAAGAUGAUUACCAGCGACAACUUUGAUGACUACAUGAAAGCAAUUGGUGUGGGAUUUGCCACCAGGCAGGUUGGGAACAGGACCAAGCCCAACUUGAUAGUGACUGUGGACGAUCAAGGGAUUGUAUGCCUGAAGUCUCAGAGCACCUUCAAGACUACUGAGAUCAAGUUCAAGCUCAACGAGCCCUUUGAGGAGACGACCGCAGACGAUAGGAAGACCAGGACCGUGGUGACUCUGGAGAACGGCAAGCUUGUGCAGAAACAGAGCUGGGAUGGCAAAGAGACGAAUAUCGAGAGGGAGAUCGAAGAUGGCAAAUUAGUAGCGAAAUGCAUAAUGGGAGACGUGAUCGCGGUGAGGACGUACGUGAAGGAGGCGUGAUGUGGGCUCCCCUCAGCACACCCGUUGGAUGCAUUGCUGGAUGACAGGCUCAGUUCAAUGAGCGUAAUACCAAACUAAAGUAAAGGCGUGUUCUGCUCUUCCUAUUUCUUUAUCUUCGCUGUGUUGCCAAAAUUAAAUUUCUGUGCCUCUAUUCUCCAACAUGACACAUUUGGUUUCAUUUGGAAUUGUUGUGGUGAUUUGAAUAAAAGUGAAUGAAAAUUUGUCAAA